CUUUUUCAAAGCUGUCAGCAACCAAAGCCAUCAUCAAAUCAAGUCGCUCUCUUUCUCCAAUGCAGGAUUAGAUCUGCCUCUGCAAUUUUCUGAAUCCAAUAAGGUGGGUGUGGAUUUUUUGAAGGUUAAAUUUUGGAGGCGUUGGGUUUGAAAAUGGCGACGGGGAAGUAUAGUAGAGUAGAUAAUAAGAGGUCGGCGGCGAGUUACUGCUCGACGGUGACCAUUGUGGUGUUUGUGGCUUUGUGUUUGGUGGGAGUUUGGAUGAUGACGUCGUCGUCGGUGGUGCCGGUGCAGAAUGUGGAUGUUGGUCAGGAGAAUAGUAAGAGUGAGGUGAAGGAGCAGGUAAUUGAGACCAAUGAGGGGAAUGGGAAGCAGUUUGAGGAUAACCCCGGUGAUUUACCGGAGGACGCGACGAAGGGAGAUAGCAAUGAGGGUGGUAAUCAGGUGGAGGAGAAGCAGGAGGAGAAGAAUGUGGAGAAGAGUGAGGAGAAGAGCGAAGAUGGGUCGAAAACGGAGACUGAAGAUGGAGGAAAUAAGACGGAGGAGGGAGAGUCUAAGGAUGAGUCGAAUUCAGAAGAUGGGGAGAAGAAAAAUGACGGUGACAAUGAGAAAAAGGAUGAUUCGGGGGAGGGCGACAAUGAGAAGAAAACGGACGACUCUGAUGAGUCAAAGGAUGGGGAGAAGGAAAAUGUUCAGAAUGAGGAGAAAGUGGAGAAAACUGAUAAGGAGCAAGACAAUGAGAAAACAGAGAAUGGGCAGACUGUAAAUCAGAGUUCAACUGAGGUAUUUCCUUCUGUUGCGCAGUCGGAGCUUUUGAACGAGACUGCAGUCCAAAAAGGGUCAUGGUCGACUCAAUCGGCAGAGUCAAAGAACGAGAAGGAGGCUCAACGUUCGUCUGCCCUGCAAACUGGUUACAACUGGAAACUUUGUAACUCAACUGCUGGGCCUGAUUUCAUCCCGUGCCUCGACAAUUUACAAGCAAUUAGGAGCCUUCAAAGUACCAAGCAUUAUGAACAUCGUGAGAGGCACUGUCCAGAGGAUCCUCCCACGUGCCUUCUUCCCCUUCCAGAAGGAUAUAAACGCCCAAUUGAGUGGCCAACGAGCAGGGAAAAGAUAUGGUACUAUAAUGUCCCCCAUACCAAACUUGCUGAAGUGAAGGGGCAUCAGAACUGGGUCAAAGUCACUGGCGAAUACCUUACUUUCCCCGGUGGUGGUACACAAUUCAAGCAUGGCGCUCUUCAUUAUAUAGAUUGGAUACAAGAGACUGUUCCUGAUAUUGUAUGGGGAAAACAAACUCGUGUCAUAUUGGAUGUUGGAUGUGGGGUUGCAAGCUUUGGAGGAUUUCAAUUUGACAGAGAUGUCCUAGCAAUGUCUUUUGCCCCAAAAGAUGAGCAUGAAGCUCAAGUGCAGUUUGCACUUGAAAGAGGAAUUCCUGCUAUAUCUGCUGUGAUGGGCACACUGAGACUUCCUUAUCCUAGCAGAGUUUUUGAUGUUGUCCACUGUGCCCGCUGCAGGGUGCCCUGGCAUAUAGAAGGUGGUAAGCUUCUAUUAGAGCUGAAUCGUGUGUUGAGACCUGGUGGUUUCUUUGUUUGGUCUGCUACCCCAGUAUAUCAGAAGAAACAUGAUGACGUUGAAAUAUGGGAAGCCAUGAAGGAGCUGACACAGAAGAUAUGUUGGGAACUUGUCAAAAUUAAUAAGGAUUCAGUUAAUGGAAUUGGUGCAGCUAUAUACAGAAAGCCUACCACCAACGAGUGUUAUGAUCAAAGAUCACAAAACGACCCUCCUAUUUGUGACAAGUCCGAUGAUCCGAAUGCAGCAUGGAAAGUACCAUUACAAGCAUGCUUGCACAAAGUUCCUACAGAAGCAUCAGAGCGUGGAUCCCAGUGGCCUGAGCAAUGGCCAGCGAGGUUGGACAAGGCACCUUAUUGGUUGUUAAGUUCCCAGACUGGAGUUUACGGAAAACCAGCUCCUGAAGAUUUCACUGCAGACAAUGAGCACUGGAAACGCGUGGUGACUAAGUCUUAUUUAACUGGAAUGGGCAUUAACUGGUCAUCUGUUAGGAAUGUCAUGGACAUGAGAUCUGUUUACGGAGGAUUUGCUGCGGCUCUGAAAGAUUUGAAACUUUGGGUCAUGAAUAUAGUCACAAUAGAUUCUCCAGAUACCCUACCCAUAAUUUAUGAGCGAGGUCUAUUUGGCAUGUAUCAUGAUUGGUGUGAAUCAUUCAGCACCUACCCUAGGUCUUAUGAUCUUCUCCACGCAGACCAUCUGUUUUCGCUGCUCAAGAAGAGGUGCAAAUUAGUCGCUGUAGUUGCAGAGGUAGAUCGAAUCCUUCGACCAGAGGGACAACUUAUUGUUCGGGACAAUGUCGAGACUAUCAGUGAGCUGGAGAGCAUGUUAAAGUCUAUGCAGUGGGAGGUUCGCAUGACCUAUUCCAAGGACAAGGAGGGUUUGCUAUGUGUCCAGAAGUCCAUGUGGCGGCCUAAAGAGUCGGUGACAGUCAAGUACGCCAUUGCUUAAGCAUGCUCCAAGGGGAUUGAUAACACAUUCUUUUUGUUUCAGUUGCUGAUACAGAUUCGUGGUAAUUGUACUUUAUAUUAGCCUCUAUCAUUUAGCUAGGGUCUUGCAGUGUUUAUUAAUUUUUUUGUAUCAAUUUGGUUUACCCUCAUCAUCUACAGGUUGAUGUUGGUAUAUCCCACUGUAAUAUUACAUCACUAGUUGUCGUUUAAACAAUGAACACGUUCUUGCUAUUGCAAUACCUGAUUACCUAUUGA